AUGCCACAAGACAAGGAUGACUCUGAUGCUACCACCAAGGUCGCUACGGAGGCUGCAACUGUCACGACUACGAUCGGUGCUCCUGUUGAGCCUACUACUACUAUAACGUCCCCUUUCCCGGUCAGCACAGCUGCUGUGACCGAUGAGGUGGCUGUCACUACUGCACCUCCUGUGACUGGCGAGGUCACCAUCACCACGGCAGCUGGGGAGGCUCCCGGUAGAGACAAGGAUGACUCUGAUGCUACCACCCAGGUCGCUACGGAGGUUGCGACUGUCACGACUACGAUCGGUGCUCCUGUUGAGCCUACUACUACUACUAUAACGUCCCCUUUCCCGGUCAGCACAGCUGCUGUGACCGAUGAGGUGGCUGUCACUACUGCAGCUCCUGUGACUGGCGAAGUGACCAUCAGCACGGCAGCUGGGGAGGCUCCCGGUAGAGACAAGGAUGACUCUGAUGCUACCACCCAGGUCGCUACGGAGGUUGCGACUGUCACGACUACGAUCGGUGCUCCUGUUGAGCCUACUACUACUAUAACGUCCUCUUUCCCGGUCAGUACAGCUGCUGUGACCGAUGAGGUGGCUGUCACUACUGCACCUCCUGUGACUAGCGAAGUGACCAUCAGCACGGCAGCUGGGGAAGCUCCCGGUAGAGACAAGGAUGACUCUGAUGCUACCACCCCGGUCGCUACUGAGACUGCGACUGCCACUACGAUCGAUGCUCCUGUUGAGCCUACUACUACUAUCACGACCCCUCAACCGGCCAGCACAGCUGCUGUGACCGAUGAGGUUGUUGCUACUACUGCAGCCCCUGUGACUGACGAGGUCACCAUCACGACGGCAGCCGGGGAAGCUCCCAGUAGAGACAAGGAUGAUUCUGAUGCCACCAACCCGGUCGCUACUGAGACUGCGGCUGUCACUACUACGAUCGAUGCUCCUGUUGAGCCUACUACUCCCACGUCCCCUCUACCGGUCAGCACAGCUGCUGUGACCGAUGAGGUUGUUGCUACUACUGUGGAGACAACCGAUUCCGAGACUACUCUCAGUCCGAUUGUGUAG